AAGUAGACAUUUAUCUGCCUCAGUGACAAUGGGAUCCCACAGCAGAAACAGAUCAAGAUCAAGGUCUCCUGAUAGGGAGAAUGACAGAGACAGAGAGCGUCAUGGACACCGUCACCGUAAUCGUUCUUCCUCUCCUCGCCGUGACAGGCAUCGAGAAGACCGCAAUCGAAGCCACGGUACAGAUCGGGAUAGGGACCGCGAUCGUCCGAAAAGUAAACGCGAUAAAGUACGUGAUACUACCCCUUCCGAUGAGGAAAGCUUGCUGGACUUGGAUGAAAUGGGGGUGAAGGAGAUUUCGGAAGACGAUUACUUCCUCAAAUCCAAUGAAUUCAGGUUGUGGCUUAAGGAAGAAAGGGGAAAGUAUCUUGACGAGAUGUCUUCCGAAUCUGCCCACAAAUACUUUCGAAAAUUCUCCAGAAGAUGGAACGAUGGUGCUUUGAACAGAAAGUACUAUAAUUCGCCUGAGCCGCUUCCCGCCACUUCAAGCACGGGCUAUAGGUGGUCUUUCGCUUCUCGAGGCGACGUUUCCCUUCCUUCUGUUCGAGCAGACGUUGGCCGUAUGGCUAAGUCAUCGGUGCCUGCGACGGGGCCAGGUCGCCCUGCCGAUGAGAUCGGCCCCUCUUAUGGCCCAACGUUCCCACCGCCUAUAACAUCGAGAAGGUUGGGACCUACACUUCCCUCUGCUUCGGAUCGACAGUACGCUGUGGAGGCAGCACAAGAAGCACGCAAAGUGGAGAGAAAGGCUGCUUAUAAAGAGGACUACCGUCGAGCAGAUGAGGUCGUCCCCCGAAGCGGAGGCAGGGAGGGGAAAAUGGAGGAGAAGAGGGCAACAAACGCGGAGAAUCGAACGUUUCGGGAGAAAGAUGUCACAGCAGGCUUAGAGGUUGAUGAAGGAACGUUGAUGGGGGAUUCAGGUAGUUUUGCAGCCGCGCUGAGAAGAAGAGACGAAGCCGAAUCCAGGCGGCGGGAGAGGAAAGAAUUAGCCAACUUGAACACGAAAUCAUCGGUUAAUGAACGACUUCAAGAACGAAAACAGAAAGAGACAGCGACCAUGGAAAUGUUUAAAGCAAUGGCUAAGGAGCGAUUCGGGUGAAGUAAAGCAUGACCAAGUCUUCAACAAGCGUUUCUCUUCCGUACCAGAAAAAUACUAGCAGGUCCCGUUUGCGUCUGCCCACUGUCUCGCCGAUGUAUCCAAUUUUUGCAUGUGGAAGGGCGACUGUUGGAAAAAAAUUCAGGCUCUGUCAAUCACAACCACAGGGACAAAAACGGAUCAUUGUGAAUCAUGAAAGCGAUGC